AUGAGACCAGGAUCAGCAGAUGCAACCCAACCAGCCAAUCCCCGGUGGGGAGAUCUCGACGAAGAGGACGGUGACAAGGAGUUGGACCUCCUCCUUCUGCCGCCGAAGCAGGUGAUCGGUCCCAACGAGAAGGGUAUCAAGAAAGUGAUUGAAUACAAGUUCAAUGAAGAAGGCCACAAGGUCAAGAUCACCACCACCACCCGGAUCCAAUCUCGCCAAAUGACUAAAGCCGCCGUUGAGCGCCGCUCAUGGGCCAAGUUCGGAGAUGCUGUGGAUGAAGACGCCGGUGCCAACUUGACUGUGGUCUCCAAAGACGAGAUCAUGCUCGAACGCCCUAAGGCUCUUGGCACCAACACAGCACAUGAACUACCAAAGACUAAUGAAGGAGGCAAUACUACUCUCAAGCUUUGUAGGACUUGUGGUAAGAAAGGUGACCACUGGACUGCACAGUGCCUUUACAAAGACCUUGCCACACAAAGUACCGGCGAUAUUAGCUCAUCGGAGGCGGGCACAACUAGCAAAACCGGUACAUAUGUUCCUCCGGGCAUGAGACCAGGAGGGAAGAAGAGUACUCCGAGGAAUGAUGAGAAUUCUGUUCGGGUUAGCAACCUUUCGGAGGAUGCCCGGGAUGCCGAUUUGUAUGAACUCUUUAGUCCUUUUGGUGAUAUUAGCCGUGCUCAUGUUGUUCUUGAGAGAGAGACACAAGUUAGCAGAGGAUUUGGUUUUGUUAACUUUGUGAACAAGGAACAUGGCCGAAGAGCUAUAGACAAACUCAAUGGGUAUGGCUAUGACAACCUCAUUCUCCGGGUGGAAUGGGCCACCCCCAGGCUCAGGCCCAAUUAA